CAAUUGCGUCAUUCUCUGAAUAACGGGUUAAAUACACUAACUGUAGAACGAAAUGCACCUGCUAUUCUCAUGGCAUGUGCAGUGAAUAAGGCAAGAAGUAACAAAGGAGUAGAGAAGAUUAUAUAAAGAAGUGAUUUAUAAAUCUUAUUAUCCACCUAACUUUGUCAGUGCCAUUACAUUAAGAAGGAUACAGUGGAAGGCACACGAAGCAUGCAAGAGGGGUAUUACAUGCAAAUAUAAAAGUGUGUAUGUAUUUAUUUCAACCAACGGGACGCGAUGAUUAAAAAAAUAGCCCUCAACACUAUACGGGAAUCGAAGCGCAGCAACUCUAUAAAUACAAAUUAUAUACAAAUCGCACUUCAAUGAAGAGUUACAGGGUUGGUACUACAACGAGCAUAUCUCUACAGCUUUUGUUUUGGAAUACUUCCGAACUAUCAACCGAAUUCUGACGAAGAAUAACCCGCGAGUAGGUUUGUUCGGAGCUGAUGAGGCGGAAGUUGGCACGAAGUUAUGAAACGUCUUAAAAUUUGAUAUUAUUUUGUGGAAGCCGUAAGAUAUCUGUAUGGCAGAGUGUGAUAGUACAUUACGCACUACGUGUGGGAAACAUUUGGUGCAUUAAAACGUUAUAAUGUGCUUUAGGGACUUCAUGUUUUCUUUGACCUUCAAUAUGGAGCGACAUGUUGUCCGGCCAGAACGAGUCGUAUGGCAGAGAGCUGUGCAAAUGGGACUUCCCAAGAUCUGCUGGUGGUCUUUCUGUUGUGAAAACAUGCGAACAGACUGUGAUGUUGAUGCAGAAAGACAGCAUUAAGAAGUCACCAGAAUGACGUCAUGAAUGCUAGCGAUAUUUUUAUUCAUAUAGUCCUUUCGAAAAUACAGCGAAGGAAAUACGAGGGUGAUAUAUAUUGAGUGAAGAGUGUGAUGUGUGACGUGAAUUAUUUUGACAUGAUCCUUGUUACAUAGCUCUACGAACUUUGUAAAAUCUAUGACAUGGACUGACAUUAGCCAGUGACUUAAUAAUACGUAAUAAUACACUGACACUGUUGUUAUUCAAAAUGUUACUUAACUUUUAACAGCAGAAAUGAGUUCAGCUCAUAUUAAAGUUUGAAGUAGUAUUUGUGAAUAUGACUUAAUGUUUUCUGAGUUAGAUACCGUGCUCAUGAAAUAAAUUGAAAGCUGUGUGACAGCGUUAUAAGAGUACAUCUGUACUUAACAAAGUUUAACGUUCGUUUAACUGACUGGAGACUAAUUAGGUAUUUUAACUGAUCAUUUAGCACUCGUGUAUAAAUGCUCACUGUUCUGACCCGUCACCGUGUGUUUACGUAGAUUUGUCGUAUUGUUACAAACUUUGAUUAAGAAAAACUGUAUGAAUUAUAGUUUUAAAUUAUUAGACGACAUUCUUGCUUGUGUGUGUGUACGUAUAUAAACAAAUUAAAACACCAUAAAUAUGUUGAAGACAGUUUAAAUAAUUCUUCAGUUUAAAAGUGGAAAAUUUUUAUCUCCAUUUUAUUUCAAUCUGACAUUUUUGAAAUCUUCUUUCGGCGAUAAGACAUUUCUAGACAGUCUGUGUUGGGAUCAUUAAUAUUUAUAGUUUAAUUCUGUCGACGAUAGCGAGAAAGUUCUAGAGAGAGAGACAGGAGAUCUGUUAUGUGAAAAGGUGUCCGAAUAUUUCUUGAAAUUUGCGUGAACUGUGAUUCAUACUGUAGCAGCUUGUAAGAAUUUUGAUCUGUAUGCGCAGACGUAUCAGUACGAUAAUGAAAGUAAGGCGGGAAUUUUACGGGUCAUAAUUUAAUAGUUGCUUUUACAAAAGAGCAGAUAAAAUUCUUAAAGAAAUAACAGGUAAUACUGUUGAGUUGUCCCAGUGAUUCAAGCGUCCCUUAUAUUUUUAUUUCUUAUUCUAAAAUAAUUCCGAUUUCGCAAAUAGUUUAAUAUGUAACAAUUAAAGUAAUGGAGGCAGUUUAGAAUACAAUUUUAAAGAAAGUGAUAAAUUUUUUUUAAGAAUAGACGCUAAAUGUAAUUUAAACCCGUAAAUUUUAAUUUAUAACUGAAUAUACGAAGAAUAUAAUUUAUAAAUUUAUAAUCAACGUAAAUAGUGAUCACCAUAUAGGUUUUUAACACGUACAACUUUGAUAUUUAAACACAGUGACAAUUCAGUUUAGAGGACUACAGUGAAUAUGUUGUGUGUUAUUGUGCAUCGUGUUUUAUUUCGGUAAUUGUCCUGAAUAUCAUGGAUGGAUGUACUCCGAGACUUCCUGGCCGCAGCAUCACUCGUAGAAGGGGUCGCCUGCAGCGCUCGGAACGGAUCUGCGAGCCCCCAGGUCCGCACUUUGCAUGGGAUAUCAUCAUCAGAGAUUCUCUCCUCCAGAUAGCAUGGCCUAUGUCCCUCAGCGCUGAUACUGACAACCAGUGCAGCGACAAUGGAAACGUGAAGCUGAGCUCGUCCACAAACGACCUCAUCUCGAGGAGAGGCGUCUUCAGUCGCAGGCAUUAUGGAUCUGUGGAACUGCUGCCGCAGGUCGAAUCAGAUGGCCACGAACUCAACGGACGUCGAUUCCGUGUAGAAAAUGGAGACUCUCUUGGAGAGAAAGAGGAGAUAUUUGGCUCGCCCAGUACGCCUGUCCUCGAGAACCCUGAGUACCAGACCAGAUGGUACUUCAAAUACUUUCUCGGAAAACUGCACCAGAACUAUGUCGGCUCAGACGGCGACAAGGUACCAUUCUUCCUGUCUGUUGUUCUCACGGACGCCAACAACCAGUGCGUUCCACAGUAUCGCGCCAUCCUCUGGAAGAAAACGGGUGCUCAAAAGAUUUCAAUACCCUAUACCCCGAAUAAGGCGAUGACGGUGAAACAGAUAUUGUGCAAUUUUCCAAAUAUGGAGAAGGUGGAGAAGGGACCAAAAGAGAUCUUCACGCCGGAAAUCCAAAAGGAUUUGUUGCUUCUUGAAGAACAGGAAGGCUCUGUCAACUUCAAGUUCGGCGUGUUGUAUACCCGUCCGGGGCAGACUAGUGACGACGAGAUGUUGAGCAAUGAGGCAGGCAGUCCUGAGUUCGAUCGGUUCGUCAGUUUACUGGGAGACAAAGUACGACUCAAAGGCUGGGAUAAAUACAGAGGUGGCCUUGAUAUCAAAGGUGAUAUGACAGGACGCUUCUCCAUCUAUACCAUCUAUGAAGGCCAUGAAAUAAUGUUCCAUGUAUCAACAUUACUACCAUACUCCAAAGAUAAUCGACAACAGGUUGAACGCAAGAGGCACAUAGGAAAUGACAUCGUGAAUAUCGUGUUCCUGGACAGUGGCGCUAGUCAGAUGAACCAGUUUAACCCAUCCUUCAUCAAGUCACAGUUCACACAUGUGUUUGCUCUUGUAACAUAUUCUCCUGAAGACAAUAGCUACAGGCUGGCUGUUUACUCAGAAGAAUCUGUCCCAUUGUUUGGUCCAUCUCUUCCCUGUCCACCUGUCUUCAGGGAUUCACAAGAGUUCCGCGAGUUCCUCAUAGUCAAACUGAUAAAUGGGGAGAAGGCUGCGUUCAACACUCCGACAUUUUCUCAGAAGCGGGAGCGAACACUGGACAUGCUGAUCAAGGACUUAUUCUCAGAGCAUAUGAAUGAUGGGAGAGGGACAAUGUUAAACCGAAGGGCAUUCAGUGACGUGCUUCCUGACCCUCCGCGUGGGUCACGGCGGAAAGAGGAGGCGCGCCAGGUGGAGUUUGUACGAAUUGGGCAGGCCCUCAAACUGGACACCAUUGUGAGAGGUGAUGCUCCCACCAGUCUCGCCACUACUGGCCUCUUCAAACGAGCCCCUUGGGAGCCACAGUGCUUCUACCCUGACUUUGGACAUGAGAUUGUCUGUGGAGACUCAUGGGGUGAGACCAGACUCCUAGUUGCCACUGAAUCUGGUGUUUUUCUUGUUGAAGAGAGUAUGUCACAUCGCUUGGUGUUUGACAAAACCAUUGCUGUCAAACAGCUCCAUGUAGUAGAAGCACAUGGUAUCUUGCUGUUCCGAGCAGAUAAAGGUCGAGACAGUAAGAUUCAUGUGUUUCGCCUGUCAGAUUUUGACGGGGACUUCAGUACAGAGAGCUCUGCGCGUGGACGCCAAGACCUGAAAGAACAUCGUCUUGAGAGGACACGGGGUUGCCACAUGUAUGCCAUUAGUAGGCCUGGAGGCUCCCACCUAAGGAUGGUUGUUGCAAUUGGCAAGAAACUGUUGGUAAUGCAGUGGCGCCAUUCUGCAGCAUGGACAGCCUGGUGUCCCGCCAGUGACACAGACACUAUUGAUGGGUUCCAGUAUAUCCGCGAGAUACAGGUGGCAGAGCCCCCUAUUCUGAUCACAUUAGUUGACUCAUCACUCACAGGCUCAUCAGGUGGUGGUAUUGUAGACAAUCACAUCUGUGUAGGUUAUCGUCAUCAAUUCGACCUAGUGAAUGAGCGCACCGGUGAAGUGUCUCGGCUGCAUGCCGUGGAAGGCAGUCGGGCACAUCUUGUUGCAGCCAUUGAUCUCUACGAAGAUGAAGAACCAGAACUACUACUUUGCUAUAAUCAUACUUGUCACUUUCAGAAACUCUCAGAAGAAAGUACUAGCAACACAGAAUUUGAUUUUCACUGGAAUUCUGUACCUUCUGUUAUUGUUUGUGCCUUCCCAUACAUCUUUGCCUUUACAACUGACUCAAUGGAGAUCCGUCUCAUUAUCAAUGGAAACCUGGUUCAGACCAUGGUGCUACCUAAACUGGCCCUCAUUUGUUCCAAGAAUGAUAUAUUCUUCGCUACUACGGCUCCAGAAUUCUUCCAUAACAAGGCUGAGAGGUUGCAAGUGGACAAGCCAGACAGGGAUCCCAGCAUCUCACCACCUUCCUCCCCACAUUCUUCACCUGAAGUAAGGCCAUUUCGUUUAUAUCGCAUACCGAUGCAUGCGCUCAAUGGAAUGGUUGCACCUUGUGAACGAAGAUGUCCCACACCAUCUGAACCAGCAGGCAGUGGAAAUGAUACAAUCUCAGAAUCAAGCAGAUCUCUUACGGUACCUGGAGAAUCACGCCAUCAUACAGGUCAUCAUGCUGAGAAUAGUUCAGGAUCUUUCCUACUAACUGAACCUUCACGUGGGCUCAGCAGGAGCUGCUCUUCUUCUCCCACACCCCAUCAACCUCCUGGGUCAACUUUCCUCACACCCAAAUGAUGGCAGCCUUUACGUGGAGCUGUGCUUUCAUUUGGUAUAUAAUUAUAUGUUUAUUCCAUUUCUUUUUCAAUACAUCUUGUUUUGCACAAAGCAUGAUGAUGUAAAAUUAUAAACAUAUUUUUGAACGAUUAAAAUAUUUUUCCAUGUAUAUUGUAUAGUACAAAGCUAUAUUUAUGAUGUGGUAAAAAAUAGUAUGUCAAGUUUCAGCAUCAAUUUUCUGAAGACCAAAAUAUUGGAACAAGCACAAAGAAUGUGUUUAAAACAAUACAUGGUAAAAUAUUAUCUCUUCUGUAGCUUUUACCAUAUUAAGUUAAUAUAAGGAGGCUGGACUUUCAGAAUGAAUUUUCCAGUGACUCGAGUGUUUUCCAAAAAUGAUUUGGAUUUCUGGUGCUCUAAUGUGUAAAUAAGAAGUUUUAAAGCAUGUUAUUAUAAAUGAUUUCCCUGGCAUAUUCAGGUUUCAGAUUGAUAGGCAUUUUUGUUAUGAAAUGAAAGCAGAAGAAAGAGUAAACACUGGAUUGCUAAAGCUUUCAGUCUGGUAGACAUUUACUGACAUUUCAGAGGUGCUUUUUGCUUCCAUCAUCAAAACGAGUUUACUCAUCUUGAUGAUAGAGGUAGCAAGCACCUUUGAAACAUCAGUAACUUCUACCAGAAUACAUAGCACAGCAUCCCAGAAAACAGUCAUCUUCAGUGAAGACUACUGAAUAGAUAAUAUAUGCCAGUAAUCAAAAAUAAUUUGUAAGUUAAUAUUGACAUAAUUAUGGACAGACCAGAAAAACAUGCAUGAAGGGAGUAUAAGAAUUAGUGUCCUAGGAGAAACUGAUAUUGCCAGGGAAUUAAAGCCUAGACAGUGUGAUCACUGUAUUGUAGCCAUGGCUGUCCAGUCUCAAAAACAGAAGCAAAUGGCAUGUUUGUUCUGUGUACAUAGAUUAUUUCCUCAUGUUUACUACCAGCUAGAAAUGUUAUUAAGCUACAAGAAAAUUAAUACAAUAUACAAUCCUUUGAUAUACAGUAGAUUUUAUUUUGUAAUUUAUAUUCCCUUUUACUUUUUUCAGUAAGCUUCAUUUCAACCUACAAGAUUGUCUGUAGUGAUACAUGUAUCAGCGAGUUCAAAAAUAAAUACAGACAUAAUGAAGAAAAUAAAUGAUGGCAUUAUAAUAUCACUUUUUUCGUUUUGGACAUUAUCUGUCAUCUGUUUUGUAUUAAAAAGUCAUAAAAAUAUUAUAACCUGAAAAAGUCACUAUGUUUCAAAGUAUGAAUCUUACUUCAUCUUCAGGUAAAAAAGGAAGGAGACACCUACUUUGUUGAAUCUGUAUACUAAGGUAUUCCAGACCUGUAGACUCUGAGUACUGGAUUUUCUGGCCUAUGUAGAUCAGUCAGGAGGACGUUUAUCUGUGAGAUAUAAUAUAUAAACUUCACUGUUAAAAUUAAGGGGGUAGGAACAGUCCAACUCUAGACUAUUUUUGCCAUCAAAAGCUUACUGUACCUGCCAAUUUCUUUGUGUCUCUUGCUUCAGCUGGUGAAUGGAUGUCAAACAGUGAAGACAAAGAGAAGAAAGUAAAUUGUAGGUUCAGUAAUCGAUAAAUAGGCAUAUUAAGGAACCUACUAAUCUAGUAAUUUCCACUUCAUCUUUUCAUACACAAAAUAUAAGGAAAAGGAUUGUUAUCAUGAAGUUAACUUCAAAUUUCUUGCGGAAAUAUAUUUUGGAUAGCCCUUACAUAAAAAAUAAAUGUGCUUUGAAUUAAAAAUGUCUCUCUUUUGCCAGUACACCAAUGUAGCAGCUAAAUUGUACAAUGAAUUUUGUUCAUGUUUAAUAUUUAUAAAUGUUUGUAAUGAAAUAAAUGUUUCAGUGAUAUGAAAAAUUAAAGAUGGUUUACAUUAAGAUUGGAAAUCCAAAAUUAUGGUUUUUAUUAAAUUGAUAAAACAAUUCAAAAUAAUACUAUAUGGGCUAAAUGUUACACAAAUAACUGCUAUAAUUUAUUUCCAUCUUUGCACAUGCAAUACAUGUGAGGAAUAUGGAUUACUUUAUUUAACUGUAAAUAUACAACACUUUCUUGUUAUAUAGUUAACAAUAUGGUUUUCUACAAAGUAACUGAUGUAAGAUAAGAAACAUCUUUUAAUUAUGAUAGUUAUCUACAGUAGUAAUGUUUUUGUGGAGUUGGUAGUGCAUGAAAAUACAAAAUUUUGGUACCAUAAAUGUGUAUGAAUGCUGUCAGAAGGUAUUUUAAGGCAAAAUAAUGUACUUAUUUUAUUUGGGUAUAUAUGGUAAGUCCUUAUUUCUAGCACUGACAAGUAAUAAAUAGUUUAAUUUAUAAAUUUUGAAGAUAACAGUGAAGGUUACACUUAAACAACAACAGAUGCUAAGAAAGAAAAAACAAUGUUUCUAAAUAAUCUUUAUUUUUAGCAUUUAACCCACUAAAAAUUCCAAAAAUUAGUCAUAGAAUUUAGUAUUGUCCCUUGCUUAUACAUUGUGGUUAUCAAUGAAUUUAUAUUUGUGUUAUCCGCUUAUGGUCACAGUGACACAUAGUCUAAUAUUGUAGUAAUAUUAAAAAUAUCACUUACUAAUUCUCCCUUCUUUGGUGUUACAAACUAUGCUUGUCAGUUUUGUCUUUCAUAGAAACUGUACAGUCGAGUGGUGACCAUAAAAUUGAGUGUUGUGUGUGUCCCACGAAUAGCUUGUCUCCCAAUUAUAAUUGUUUGGGAGUUCAAUAUUCAGAUGAAAACACUGGUCCAAAGCUUUAAAUACUGAUAUGGCGGUUGAAAAUUCAGAAGAAAUAAAAUAAUAUAAAACUAUUUGUAGAUUUACAUCUAGUUCACAUUUACAAGACAGUCUUAUGAUAAUUUCUGGAUAUUUUAUUGUAAUGCAUCCAGCAUAACUUAAUCAGAUGUGUGUAUGCAUGUGUUUAUGAAGUGUUCUUGUAAUUUUUAUGCACAUGUAUAGCACCGUAUGACUGGUUCUGAAAUAUCUUUAUGUGAUAUAAUUGACUGAAAUGGUACUAACUGAGGAUGUGUCAAGUUUGUAGCUUCAGCCCUAUUAACAAAACAUGGCGUCAUGGUUAAUACUAAUAAUUCACAUUCAGGAAUCUCUUUGUUCAAAUCACAGCCUGUGAACCAGCUUUCCUGAUUUAUGAUUUUUAAGUCUGUCUGUACAGAUUCUGGUAUAGUACUUUAAAAUAUGCUGCUAACACUUUCUUUCAUGUUCAGCAAAUAUGCACAGUUUGAACUCACAAAAAUGUAGUUUGUAUUGUAGCUCAGUUUGAAUCAGAUGUUUCCACUUGUACCCCACUGUUACUGAUAACUUUUACUGUCUAAAUCACUCAGUAUUUACCACUGACAAAUUUUUAUAAAGAAAUGUUAAAUAAAUCAAUCAACAAAAAUCAGUAAUCACUAACAUUGUUAAUGCCAAAUGGUCCUUGAAGUUGAUGUGGGCCACUAAUCAAGAUUUUAAUUAUUAAAAUUUAGCAUAUACUUUCAUAAAUAUGCAGAACAAAAUUUGUUAUCCAGUAGCAAAGAUAAUGAAAGUAGACAGUAUUAUGUACUAGGUUUAUAUUGUUAAUACUGAUAUCUGUCUCAUGAAUUAACUGGACAAGUUUCAGUUUUUCAUCACCUCAUGUUCUGUUAGUGCCUUUAUAGUCCAUUUAUUUAAAUCACCACUAACAGGUAAGUUUGUCUUUCAUAUUACAAACAAAGUCUGAUGGAGAAAUUGUAACCUAUCAUUUAAAUGUCUCGUGUUCUAAGGUUAUAGCACUAGUUAAUUUAAAUGCCUUUUAUGCACUACAUUGAAGGGUUCUGUUUCAGUAGAAAACGUUUAAUUGUAUUAUAUUUCACUGCAAAGUGUUCAGAGACAUAUUUGAAUAUAAAAGAAGGAUGAAAUAAGUAGACAGUUUAGAUUCAAACAUGACAAAGAGAUUCAUUAUAUCAACUUAUGAUGUUAGAAUAGUAAAAUCUAGGAGACCACAAGGAACUGGGCAUGUACUAUGAUGGAGAUAACAAUGAAUGUGUUUAUAAUUUUGUUAGAAAAACAUCUUAGGAUCCAGCCUCUUGAAAGAUCAAGAAGAAGAUGAGAAGGGAAGAUUAAGAUGGAUGUUAGAGAAGGAGACUGUGGGCAUUGAAGGUAGAUGGCUGAUGAUUCUGCCCAAUUAUGGAUUCUGGUGUUAAUGGUGUUCAAAUUUUAGGUUUUACUCCCAGAGAAUUAUUCUGCAUUUGAAGAUACCAAGUUAACAGGCUGUUUUAAGAAGUCUCAGCUAUUAGUUUAUCUUGUAGCCAAGAGAUUGGUAAAUUAACUACCUAUUAUAUGUUAAACUGUAACCUAAAGCAAGUCAGUUGCAAGUAUUUGAAAUAAUGGGGUGAGCUAACAUAACCUGCAAACUUAAUACAUCCUAAUGUGUUGUUAUCCAUAGUAUUGUUCUUCUACUUCCAACUUAAAUUUUAAGAGUUGUUGUUCUUUUUAAUGAUGUACUGUAGUUGAAUGUUACCAAUGUCACUGCAUCUUUCUGUGAUAUUACAAGAAGCAGAAUGCUCUAUAAUAUUAUAUAAAUAGUAACGAUUCUGUAAAUUUCCAACUCUUCAAAACAUUGUCUGUAAUUCAAUCCAAUAUAAAGUCAGGAAAGCCUUUGUUUUUAUAUUGAUUCUACUGAAUUUAUAUUUCCUGUUUCAUAACGCAAGGUAUAUAAAUAUAUUAAAAUGUUUUCCUUCAAAGACAUGUUAUGUAACAUAUACAUAUAUAAAUUAGAACUUCUAUACUGGUUGACUUUUGUACAUUAAGGGCAGGCCCCAAAAUCUAGUGGACAUAAUACUACCAUGAAAUUAGUAAAUGAAAUUGAAAUGUAUGUGUAUAUAUGUCAGUGAUGUAUUGUGCUAUGAGUGCAAUUAUUGUGUUAAUAAGAUGUAACUUUAAUUAAGUAUAUGUAACUAAUUAAUACCAAUGUAUUUUAAAAAGAAAGCAUUCUUAAAACCUUUGCUUGAUAAGUGGGAAGAGUAACAUGGCCAAGCGACUGCAAUGAGCACAUAAUUAAAUUUAAAAAUUCAGAAUAUCAACGGUAUAAAAAAAACAAACGCACUUUCUGCUUCAUGACCAUUUAAUUUCAGAUGCUAAAGGUAUCUGUAAUUACAUGACAACAGUUUUGAAAAUGGAAUGGUAUAACAUAUGACCUUCAAACAUUAGUUGUCUAUCUUAUAUGAAUGUGUGCGCACACAACCUACAGUACAGUAUACAUUCACAAUGUUGUUGUUGUUGUUAUUGUUGUAAUAUAGGUAUCUAAUCUUAUGUGUCAAGUUCUGUCCAGAGCACUUGUGUUAAAGCAAAUAUGAAAUAAAACAAAAUAUUUUAAAUGUUUAA